AUGCCCCAAUCCCCUCACAGCAAGAUGCAGGUCAAGUUGGGCGGAAAUUUUCUGAUCGCCGCCGCGAUUGAAUCGCUGGCAGAGGCAUCGGCGCUGGCAGAGAGCCAUGAUGUUGAUCGCGAAAAGUUUGUCUCCUUGAUGUCCUCUACAAUCUUCGAUUGCUUGAUUUACAAGGGGUACGGACACCGCGUAGCUGCACGGGACCAUCACCCGUACCCGGAUGCCCAUUUUGCGCUGGACUUGGGCAGCAAGGACGUGUCCCUUGUGCACAGUGCAGCGGCGCAGGCACGCUGCCCAAUGCCAAUUGCAUCACUGCUUCGUGAUCGGUUUGUGGCAUCGCAGAAUGCUGGAAGAGGUGGACUUGAUUGGUCGGCAGUGGCGCUCAAGGCAUCCGAGGACGCCGGCAGCCGGCAGGUGGCUGAAGCCAUCCGACGCCUGGAGAAAGGUUUCUCCGAAUGA